UAGUGACACCCCCGGCCGAUGCUGGCUGCUGUAGGAUGCCCUGUAACCAUCAUGCCAGAUCACAGCUGUUGCACAGGCCGGGAGUGUGUGCAGCACUUUGUCCAGUUAAGGAUAAGCCAUCAUCAUGUGCAAACUGUCGGCCGGUGCAGCGGAUCCUAAUGUGCGCAUAGCAGGCUACAGUACAUACAGCGCGGCAGCUGUGUACAGAUGUACUCAUUUGUCGCAAUUACCGUGGGGAUGUGGACAUGUCUGAAGUCGAGCACUUCAUGCCAAUCUUAAUGGAGAAGGAAGAAGAAGGUGCACUAUCACCAAUACUGGCUCAUGGAGGAGUCCGCUUUAUGUGGAUCAAACACAAUAAUUUAUAUUUGGUUGCAACGUCAAAAAAGAAUGCCUGUGUGUCAUUGGUGUUCUCGUUCCUUUACAAGGUGGUUCAGGUAUUUUCUGAAUACUUCAAAGAAUUAGAGGAAGAAAGCAUCCGUGAUAAUUUUGUCAUUAUAUAUGAGUUGCUAGAUGAAUUAAUGGACUUUGGUUACCCACAAACUACAGACAGCAAAAUCUUGCAAGAGUACAUCACUCAAGAAGGGCACAAGCUAGAAACUGGAGCUCCUCGCCCUCCUGCCACAGUCACCAAUGCUGUAUCUUGGAGAUCGGAGGGGAUUAAAUAUAGGAAGAAUGAAGUUUUUCUAGAUGUAAUUGAGUCUGUCAACCUACUUGUGAGUGCAAAUGGAAACGUCUUGCGCAGUGAGAUAGUAGGCUCCAUCAAAAUGAGGGUGUUUCUCUCUGGAAUGCCAGAACUGCGCCUUGGGUUAAAUGACAAAGUUCUUUUUGAAAAUACAGGACGUGGAAAGAGCAAAUCUGUCGAGCUGGAAGACGUCAAGUUCCAUCAGUGUGUUCGUCUAUCCAGAUUUGAAAAUGACAGGACUAUUUCAUUUAUACCUCCUGACGGGGAGUUUGAGCUCAUGUCUUACCGUUUAAAUAUUCAGGUGAAACCACUUAUAUGGAUUGAAUCUGUAAUAGAGAAACAUUCCCACAGUCGUAUUGAAUACAUGAUCAAGGCCAAAAGUCAGUUCAAACGCAGAUCUACUGCUAACAACGUAGAGAUUCACAUUCCAGUUCCAAAUGAUGCUGACUCCCCCAAGUUCAAGACCACGGUGGGGAGUGUUAAAUGGGUGCCAGAAAAUAGCGAGAUAGUAUGGUCUAUAAAGUCUUUCCCGGGUGGAAAAGAAUACCUAAUGAGAGCACACUUUGGUCUCCCCAGUGUUGAGGCAGAAGAUAAAGAGGGGAAACCACCUAUCAGUGUGAAGUUUGAGAUCCCCUACUUUACCACCUCUGGAAUCCAGGUCCGUUACUUGAAAAUAAUUGAGAAGAGUGGUUACCAGGCUUUGCCAUGGGUGCGGUAUAUAACCCAGAAUGGAGACUAUCAACUUCGAACACAGUAAAGAAGCUGCAGAUGCUCCACAAUUAUAAUAAGUAGAAACUAUAAUUACAUGGAAGAUUGGUUAGUUACAUGCUUUGUGGAACAUGGAAGGAAUGUGUCGAAUAUGGAGGUCACAAGGAAAACUGUAUUCAAGCUGCUGAGCUAAUAUUUGGGAGGGUGGGGUGGGGUUAAUGGGCCAUUUAUGUUACAGAUCUGUUCCAUACACUGUUUGGGUUUGAGAGAUUGAGAGAACUGGCUGGAAAAGCAUUGUUUUGUUGUGUGCGUGGUCAGUCUUUUUGUUUUCCUUGGUGAAUACUCAUUUGUUUAAGAUGUAUCUUGCAAUACACAAGCCAAUGAUAUACUUGCCAUGUGCCUGUAUCAAGUGCCAUUCUCUUGAAUGCAGUUUAAGGUGUAUGUUCCUUUUUAAAGGGCAAAAACAGUGUUUUGCUGCCACAUGCUACCAUGCGAUGACCCCCUUUUGGUUUACUGUUACAAAGAAAAGAAUAAAGUCAUACCUCAGUACAGGCUGUUCUCCCAUCUUUGUAGAAAUGGCGCAAUUUGUGAGUUUUUCAUUAUUUUUAUGUGCUCGAAAUCUUACACACAAAAUUUUUUUCAGAUAUCUUCUACUGUUUAAGCUUAAUAGGUUACAAUACCUACUUUUUAUUUUUAUGAAUUUCUCCAAUGGACUAGGGGACCAGUGCAUUGAGAUCCCUUCUGAAAGAUUGUGGCGUAAGAACUUGUAGAAAAAAUAAAUAAAUGUAGCCUUUUAAAGAAAUGUCAGUUCUGGUACAGAGAUGUUUGGUUGGCAAGGCUAUGUAGUAUGUUGUACUAAGAUGCUGAAUAAAUGAUACGCUAUUA